UGUACGUUCGUUGAUUGAUUACUCAACUAAAAGGGGAGCGCGUGGAAAAAUAUGGAAUAUUUGUCAUUAAACGCACUGUGUUGAGAGGAACAUAGAUCUAUCUGUUCUAUGUAUCCUAUUUCUAUGUUUUUGGUACGCCCUAUUCAUUUCAAUGGGUACGCCCCUCGCAUCGUCCGAUCCAACACCGCUGCCUUGGUUAGCUUCUGCUGCCGUAAUUGUCUCGAGGGCUGCUUAACUCCUGCUUAUCGUGUUUUUGACGACGAUCGAAAUACUGCGUGUGCUUUGAAGGGACUAUUUCAUUUUUUUCUGGGAAUCAUACAAGACCUGGAUAUAAUACGAAGGUUUCGGUCGUCUGGAUCUAGGUGUGUGUGUGUGUGUGGAGCUCGCCUGUCUUCUUGGUUGGCUUGGGAAAAGCCACUGCGUAUCAAAUAGCAGUGACUGUCUACUACAGCCCACCGCCUUUACUGAGUGCCAAACACUGGCCGUACAUUCUGCAAGAUUGAUCGUCUAUUGAAAAAAUAUGAAAGUGUUAAAGAUGCCGCAGUGAGUUCGGAGCUGAAUCUUUAACUGAAGCCUCAGCAUGUCUAUACUGCUGAUGGUGGGUGUGGUGAUGUGGGGGGCCCAAGGGGGGGUUGGGGUCCAGGGGGCCAAGUGUCCCGGAGGGGUGCUUGGUAACUGCCCUACCCAGCAGAGCAACACCUCCGGUGGGGGUGAGACCUCCAGGGACUACUGCUACACCGCCCGUAUCCGCUCCACCGUGCUCCAGGGCCUGCCCUUCGGAGGGGUGCCUACCGUCCUCGCACUCGACUUCAUGUGCUUCCUGGUACUCCUGUUUGUAUUCUCCAUCUUGAGGAAGGUAGCGUGGGACUACGGCCGCUUGGCGCUGGUCACUGAUGCAGACAGGUAAAUCACUACACUGGCAUCUAUACUAUGUGAUCCCUGCAGGAAUUGAACCCAGGACCUUGGCGUUGAGGAGUUGCCAGGUAGCGCCACACUCUUACCGACUGAGUCACACAGGCUGAGACACACCGGGGAAAGAAAACACAGACAUGUUUAGGAUGUGAUCCCUGUUGGAAUUGAACCCACACCUUUCACGCCACACGGUACUUUUAACGCCAACUAGGAGAGGAGGAGAGUGGAGAGGAGGAGAGUGGAGAGGAGGAGAGUGGAGAGGAGGAGAGUGGAGAGGAGGAGAGUGGAGAGGAGGAGAGUGGAGAGGAGGAGAGUGGAGAG